GGGGCAGGCAGUGGUUCCGUAUUUGGGAUUUCUACAGCUAGCUGAUAGUUGCGUUUCCAUGCAUCCUGCUGGAAGGUAUGGAGGAGAAUGGGACCCCACCGUACUGAUGUUUCUCGCUGAAAGGACCGUACGGCUUCUCCAGUGUUAGGUGGUUCAUGCACACUGCAACACUGCUGCCUCCCAGCACCCGUCAUGCCUUAUGGAAUAUUCAUCCACCACCAAUGACAUUCCAGUGGGAUCCAUGUUUACAGCAACAGUUCAUUUUGCCAACAAUUAGCCUCAUUACAGCUUCUUUUUAAUCAGGCUUGCUCCCUGUGCAAAGCACACCAUCACAACUGCAAGCCUGUGCUUUUUUUUCUCUACAAUCAACUUUUCUCCCUUCGCAAGAGGCUGACCCCCUAUCAUGAGAUUCCGAAUCUACAAGAGGAAGGUGGUGAUACUGACUCUGGUGGUUGUUAUCUGUGGCCUAGCUUUCUGGAGCAGCGGAAGGCAGAAAAAGAACGACACUGGAUCAUUCCCCAAGGAAGUGGAGACGGUGAGGAGAAGCAGCAGCGUUAGCAGCAGCAGUAGCAGCAUCAACAACCAUAUCCAGGUGCAAGCCACACCUGCAGUCAGCCGGGCACCUGUUCCACCUCCUAUUAUACAAGCAAAUGACACACAUCCAGAAAAAGCAAAGGAUAAAGAGAAGAUACCCAAGCCAGAGGUAGAUAACACCACUUUAGUAUACCGUGGCAUUGUUUUCCAGCUAAAUUUUGACCAGACAAUAAGAAAUGAAGAGAAGUUUAAGGCCUCUCGACAGAAAGACGAUCUGGUUGUGGUGGUUCAGGUCCAUAACCGACCAGACUACCUUAAGCUAUUAGUGGACAGUUUGCGGAAGGUCAGAGGUGUGGAGAGCAUACUGCUGAUAUUCAGCCAUGACUACUGGUCCCCUGAGAUAAAUAAAGUGGUGGCCUCUGUUGACUUCUGUCAAGUCCUUCAGAUUUUCUUUCCCUUCAGCAUUCAGCUGUACCCCCAGGAGUUCCCUGGAAAUGACCCCAGGGACUGCCCAAGAGACAUUCCCAAAAAAGACGCCUUAAAGCUGGGAUGCAUCAAUGCAGAGUACCCCGACUCAUUUGGCCACUACCGCGAGGCCAAGUUCUCCCAGACCAAGCACCACUGGUGGUGGAAGCUGCACUUUGUAUGGGACAGGGUCCGGGUCCUGAAGGACCAUAAGGGUCUGGUCCUGCUGAUCGAAGAGGACCACUACUUGUCUCCGGACUUUAUCCAUCUCUUAAAGCUGAUGUCAGCUCUGAAAAGGGAGCAGUGCACAGACUGUGACAUCCUCUCACUGGGGAGCUACAGCCACAUUGGCUACUCCAGCAAAGCAAAUAAGGUAGAGGUGAAGGCCUGGAAGUCAACUGAGCACAACAUGGGGAUGGCUCUGAGUAGAGAGACGUACCAGAAGCUGAUUCAGUGCACCGACACGUUCUGCACUUAUGACGACUACAACUGGGACUGGUCCUUACAACACCUGACUGUAUCCUGCCUGCCCUCCUACUGGAAAGUCAUGGUGAGUGAGGCGCCACGGAUUUUCCACGCCGGAGACUGUGGCAUGCACCACAAGAAGGCUUCUUGCAUGCCAAUAAGCCAGAAAACCAAGAUAGAAAACAUCCUACAGAGCAGCGGGAACCAGCUGUUCCCAAAGAACCUCCUGAUAGCAAAGAGACUGCCAGCCAAUGGGGUUGGAGGGGUGGCCCCCCAUGUGAAAAAUGGGGGUUGGGGAGAUAUCAGGGACCAUGAACUCUGCAAGAGUUAUGUUCGAUUACAGUGACCUUAAUUGCUACUAUUAUAUAUUAUUGUCUCUUUUGCAUCCUCUAUAAAGAAAAAAGCCUUUUAAAGUAAAUCUUUAUGGACUAUUCUUCAUAUUGCCUGUUUUAUUGGACUGUUCCAAAUAAAGACGAAUGUUGGAUUUUUGGCUUCUUUAACAGAAAUAUGUCUUUACAUUGAAUUAUUCAAGUGAUUUCUGGCAAGUCUGCUUUGUUUUGUAAGUUGUAAUUAACAAUAAUAUACUAAACAAUAUAUUGUUGUGUUUUAUCUAACAAGGCUUUCAGAUUAAAAUAUGUGUGGUUACUUUUAAAUUACCAAAAAUGUAGAACAUCUCUAAAUCGUGGUAAAUUGGAAAGAGCAGGCAAGUGCUCAUCGGGGCAGUCAUAAAUUUGGUGAAUCUGUGGACUUUGCAAUCCCACUGUGCAUGCAUAAUUAAUUUGAAGUUAUUUAUAUCACAUAAAUUUGCUGAGAUCAAAAGAGAUCCUUUGAGACACCUUGUUCCAUUUAAAUAAUCUCCCACUUAGCUGAUCUUCAACAGGUUUCGAGAGCACACCAAGAGUCUUGUUACUCCUGUGACUGCAGAAUGGUGCACAGCAUUGAUAAGCAUACCAGUGACACUGACAUGAUAGGGCACAUGAACGAAAUGAGUGUUUCUCAUCAAGCAUGUUUCACAGAGGGUGUAUAUGAUGAGUGAAGGGCAUGUGUUUUAUUUUGUUGCAGUGCAUCACUGUCAAGCUUAAUAUUUCACAUAUAAAAUGCCUAUUCAGGCCACUGUAUCUUUGUGCAGAGAUUUUGAUUUCACAGAUAAAUGCACACAAUGCACCUGGAGAGAUCCCAAGACACUGGUGCAACUCUCUCGUUCGUGUUGUUGCUAUUGAAGAUGCAUUUACAUUUUAAGUGCUUAGACCACAGCUCUGUAUCGAUGGUUUCCGCUAAGGCCCAAGCUCGGUGGCUUCUCUGAAGCUGCAUUGAUCCCCCCACCCCCACCCCCCCGGCAAAGUUUAACAAUUGGUUCUGCACACUGUUCAGAAUCCUGAAUAACUGCAAAGUUAUUGCUGACUGGACUCCCCAUACAGUUCACAUUAAGUACAUCCUCUGGCAGACUGCUUGAGGCCUCUCUUAGACUCUGCUCCCAACAUAAAAUUCCUAAACAUUGCAUGAAUUAAAUAUGACAUGCUUAAUGUAAGACAUAUAUCCUCAGCAUAGUUGUUCACUAAGACAAAUGUAAAGACUGAGUUGCACUGAUGAAGCUUAACAAAGCUUCCUCUAUGACAGACAGAAUCUCUGCAGGGUAAGAAGCCCCAUUUUAUUUCCUAUUCGUGAACUUUAAUUCCUAAUGCAGUGUGAAGACAUGUGAUGCUGGGACUGAUGUGCUGAGGUCAUGUGACUUGCAAAUUGUGCAGCUGCUCCCAUGGUGGAGGCCCAGUAAUUGGGCCCGCACCUCAAGGGACACGGCUUAGAAUAGAAUUGAGAAUAGGAGGACGUGGCAUUGUGCUCUUGAUUCUUGGUGACUAAUGGUUAACUGAUGCUGGAGCCUUUGGAACUGUAAUGUGCUGUUGCCAUUGGAAGCUCUCUACUUAGUUUAAUAUUUGAGGGCAAAAAUGAACAGGAAAAACAUACAGAAGUUGUGUGUGACAUCUUUUCUAGGGCCAGUUAUAUGUAAUGUCCAUUAAUCAGUAAACCUUCAGCUUUAGAGCACAUUUUUACGCUGAAGCAGUCAGAAACAUCAGGGCAGAUUGACCAAUGAAACAGAUAAAGCAAUUAAAAUUGAAGCAGUAAAUCACAAAUUCAAUGUCAGUAAUAAAGUCAGUAUAAGACAAAGAAAUAUAGGCACUAUUUUAAUCUAACAGCCAUGCUGAACAAAGCUCAAUGAAAACGUAAGCUACUGUGUGUUAUAAUUUAAAUGCAAUAAUUGACUUGUGAUGUGCCACAAGUCUACUUCUCUGAAUGAAUUAUUUUAAGUGUUGAUUUUCCAGCUUGCCUUUCUUUCCAGCACACAGACCUGGAAUAAUGAGCUACUGGAGCAUGCAGUCAAAAUAAAUUUUUCAUUGGGAGUAAAUUCUGAAGCAUGACUUGGCAGUUACUUCAGUAGUUUUGAAUUUUUCAGACCAUAAGUGGAGUU